AUGGAGCCCAUUCUGAGGUACUGGAAUCCUCAGAAGCCAGAGAGCAACACAAACGAGACUGAAGCAAAUAAUGUGUUAGAUUCACCUACUGAGCACAAGUUAUCUGAGGACACGCAGACGACUUCGAAUGCGACUGACAUAAUCGUGAAUUUGGACAAACAAGGUGCACAGGACAGCGGUUCAUAUCGUGAACUGGAGAAGGAGAUCAACACAUUGGUUGAUCGCACCGAACAGCCGUUUCGAGGAGAUAAUGACCAGGAGCGUGAGGCCGAUGAGCGUGCAGGAACCCAGGAACAUAGCACAGAAAUGAACAACACUUCAACCCCAGUUGUGCUCGAUCAGAAGCCAGAGAGCAACACAAACGAGACUGAAGCAAAUAAUGUGUUAGAUUCACCUACUGAGCACAAGUUAUCUGAGGACACGCAGACGACUUCGAAUGCGACUGACAUAAUCGUGAAUUUGGACAAACAAGGUGCACAGGACAGCGGUUCAUAUCGUGAACUGGAGAAGGAGAUCAACACAUUGGUUGAUCGCACCGAACAGCCGUUUCGAGGAGAUAAUGACCAGGAGCGUGAGGCCGAUGAGCGUGCAGGAACCCAGGAACAUAGCACAGAAAAAGCUGAAGAUAACCUAAACAACGACCUUCCAAGUACCCAGGAUCCUGAGAGCAACGCAGUAGAAACGGAUCAAAGUGUUGAGAAAUCCGAAGACAAUCUGAGCAACGACGAAGACGAGGAUCUCGAUAAUGAAGCUAUUGAGGAGGACAUUGAUGAUGAACUUGAAGGAGUAUUUCAAGCGUCCGGUGAGUUUCUCGGUGCAAUGUAUAGCUAUCGAAGUAAUAUAACCACUGAUAAUUGA